AUACAGUAUUUUAUUCAUUGCAGGAUUAAUGUAUACAGACAGCCUUAAACACAGUUACGCUAUGUGUUUGUUGCAUCAAAUGACGUAGUUAUAAGGAACUGCGAGACGUUUUUCUGACCUUAACCUUAGAAUGUCGUGCACGCCGAAUUCGGAAAACUGGUUUGAUAACUGCACGGUUGAAGAUGUUCUUAUGUAUGCACUUGAACAUCAAAUGUUAAACGCAGUAAAAGCAUGCUUCACAAAGCUGCCGAUUGGAGCCAUGGAUUUAAGUUCACUGUGCCAAACAAGGCUUGUGAUAUCCACAAUGCCCAAAGUUGUUUUAGGAGUAAGUGAAGCAGCACUUAUUGUCAGUGGGGCCCAGUUGGUGGGGAUUUCUCAAAUUCUUCGUGGGCUCAAAUUUAUAAGAAGUAACUGCUCAGCAGCGGGUGGCAGUAGAGAUUUCUGUUUCUGCGUAAUUAAGUUGUUGAAAGUUAUUCUGAUGCAUGCAGUAUGCACGGACGGUAAACAUGAAAUAAUUGAAGUCCAACUCGAUGAACACUUUGGUUCAAACUCUGCCCAAGAUUUGCUCAAGCCAGACAAGGAUGUUCGACUUGUGAGUUUGGUAAGACGGGAAAUUCAAAAGUUUCGAAAUCUUGUGAAAACUUUGUUGCAUGAUGCAGAUGCAAAAAUAAACUACAUUCAAGGGGACAUGUGGAAUGAUUUUAACGCUGAAUUUUGGAAGUCUCUCCAAGAAGACUUGGUCGCUUAUCUAAAAGUUAUUAAGAAUUUUCUUCCUGAGUUAAAGCUUGAAAAAGUAUUUGAGCAGGAUAGUUCGGAAUGGGAUUCACAAGUGUUAACUCAAUUGAGAGAAAAAUCAACACAAGGAAUCCAAAUUACUGAGAAUGAUGUUUUAACUUUAUUAGAAGAUAUGUGCAAACAAGAUACAGAUGCUACUAAGGAAAAUACAAAGAUCCAUCCUUACAGUGAAGAAUUAACCAGAGUAUCUCAACUUUCUGAAUACAACACUUUACAUUCAAACUCUGCACCAAAUUUACCAGUAGCAGCAUCAAAAAAUACCAAAAAUCACCUCAAACACACAUCUCCAUUUAAGAGAAUUAAAAGGAAACUGAACUCAACGUCAGAUAAAGAAAACGCAGCUAAAAAGAUGAAAAGAUUAACAGUUUCUGAAGCUGUUAGUUUGGUUUUAUCAGAUUCUGAAAGUCUUUUUGAAUUUUCACAAGACGCUCAAAGAAUUUCUAACUCAAGUUAUGGCUCUAUAAUUCCAAGUCCAACCCAUAAUUCCUUUGCAGAAGGAAGUCCUUGUAAAAGAUUGAACAUUUCUUCUCAUUGUUCCAACCGGAAUAGGGUGGUUUUUUCCGCAUCAAACCAAUCUUUGCAGAAUAUUACAGCUGAUUCAUUUGUGUCAUUCACAUCGCAAUCUGACAAUGACGACAUACCACUCGCACAAUGGGCAGAGAAACACAAAGAAAGAAGAGGCAGAAAAAAGCGAUUCCCAUUAUCGGCUGUCGCACCUUUGCUGGACAGUGAUUCACCUUUAAAAUUUGCCGACAAUAAUUUAGACACACUGCCACUUUCUGUACUACAAUGCAAAAAUACCAAGAAGCUUAAUUCAAGUCCUCAUACAUCUAACAUAGCUGACACUUGCCUGAAUAGUUCACAGAGCUCAGAAGACAUUCCUCUUGCUCAGUGGGCACGGUUGACAAAUUCAAGUCCGAUUAAAUCAGAUAAUGGUGUUAAAGAUGAUCUUCCCUUAUCUUCAUGGCUUUUAAACAGUUCCCCUAUUUCGUGUACAAAACAUUUCCCAUUAACCUCAGCCAACUAUAGUCCUGGGGAUAACCUUUCCCUAAAGCAGUGGUUAAGAAAUGAAGCAUCAAACAAUAAUAAACAUAGCAAAGAAUUCUACCGCCACACACCUAGAAGAAAACUUAAAUACGAGGCAUCUGGUGAACCAAGAUUGUUAAGAUCUGCUAAAAAGAAGUUCACACAGCAAAAGACAGAUCAGGACCGAAAAAAGAGGUUGGAAAAAUCAUUUUCAGAAAAGGUUGAGUCUGAUUGUUCAUUGAAUGAAUCUGAUCUUCAACUUACACAACUAAAUGACACAAGUGCAGAAGAAAUAAUUUCAGAAAGUGAAGGAGAUGAUAUCAGCUUAGACUUGGACUGGAACCCUGGACUUCCAGAUUUAAAAAGAUUUGAUUACAAUGCUGGUGAUGUUUCUCCACUCAAACCUUGCUUUGUAAUGCUUGAACGUUUAAACACAUCCAUACACACCAGUUCUACCUGACAUCUGUGGAGAUUGUUUUCUGUUCUGACUUUGUUUUUAAACCUUUUCCUUUUUCCUUUUUUUUUUCCAGUCUUUUCUUCGAGACAUGCAGAAUGCUUUCACUCAAGCCAAUUGUUCUUCAAAAAACUGGUAGUUCUUGCAACCCUCUUUACUGGUGUCAUUUUUUAGGAGUUGCAUACCAAAGUGUGGAUUUUAGUUUUUGUAGAGUUUUAUUUCAAUUUAUUUUGAUGGAAGGUGUGAAAUUGAACAGCUUCCUUGACAAUAAAAAUGGUUGCGAGCCAAGUAACUAGAAA